GGGUACCUGACUGACCUGCUGCAUGUCUUCCACCUCCUGCCCGCCUUCCUCGUGAAGAUGAGCAGCGACGUCCUGGACACAGCGCUGAAGCUGCCGCAUGUGGAGUACAUUGAGGAGGAUUCCUACGUCUUUGCCCAGAGCAUCCCCUGGAACCUGGGCAGGAUCGUGCCGCCACAGCCCGCCUCGGGUGCCUACAGCCCUCCCAAUAAAGGUGACCUGGCGGAGAUUUACCUGCUGGACACCAGCGUGCAGAGCACCCACCGGGAGAUCGAGGGCAGGGUGCUUGUGACGGACUUUGAAAGUGUUCCUGAGGAGGAUGGCACCCGCUUCCACAGGCAGGCCAGCAAGUGUGACAGCCACGGGACCCACAUGGCCGGGGUCCUGAGCGGGCUGGAGACUCAGCCCCACGUGCUGCCGGUGGUGCUGCUGCCCUUCGCCGGUGCCUACAGCCGGGUGCUGAACGCUGGCUGCCGGCGGAUGGCGCAGAUGGGGGUGGUGAUGUUUGCGGCAGCUGGGAACUACAAGGAUGAUGCCUGUCUGUACUCGCCAGCGUCUGAGCCGGAGUCACUGUGGGCUCCCGGGCUCUUGGCAGGCAUUGCCGCCAUGCUGCUCAGCGCCGAGCCCCAGCUGAGCCUCGCCGAGCUCCGACAGCGCCUUCUCCACUUCGCCACCAAGAACGUCAUGGACCCGGCGUGGUUCCCCGAGGAACAGCGACGCCAGACACCCAACAGCGUGGCUGGGCUGCCUGCACGGCUGGGCACAGAUGCGCAGCUGUACUGCCGCUCGGUGUGGUCAGCACGCUCGGGGCUCACCCGACAUGCCACGGCUGUGGCUCGCUGUGCGGGUGCCGAGGAGAUGCUCAGCUGCUCCAGCCUCCCCUUCUCCCGCAGCGGCCGGCGGCUGGGGGAGCACAUGGAGGACAAAGACAGGCAGAAGCAGUGUGUGGCACACAACGCUUUCCGGGGCCAGGGUGUCUUCGCCAUCGCCAGGUGCUGCAUGUGGCCCCGAGCUGAGUGCUGGAUCAACGCCAGCUCCCCCGCAGGCGAGGGGGCCGGCUGCUCCCCGCGGGACCAUGUCCUGACUG